AUGGGUGAAAUCGAGUAUUCUGUAUCUAGUUAUGUGAUAGACGGGGAUAAGAAUUGGAAUAUGUUGGCCACUCGUCUCCCAGAGUCUAUUUGUAAUUUGAUUGCAAAAUUGAAGCCACCUAUUGUCAGAAGUAGUGAUAUUCCCAAUUGGAAUAUGUCCACGGAUGGAAAUUUUAGUAUUAACCCAGCUUAUAAAUUUCUUAGUAGUAAUGAUAAUGAUAAUACUAAUGUUAGUCCUUUGUUUGAUCAGGUUUGGCAUUGGCGAGGUCCGACUAGGAUUCGCGCUGUUCUAUGGAAGCUAGCCCAUGGAUCAUUGCUGACAAAUGCAUUCAUCACAGAAGAUAAUUGGGCCAAGCUUUUCAGUCUUGGCUUGUACGGUUGGCUGGAAUGGAACAUCACUACUAAACAUAUUGGAGCUAGCAACACGGAUUGGCCUACUUCUUUUGGUGUUUCGGUUUGGUCUCUUUGGAAGGAUCACAAUAAACUAGUAUUUUCUAGAGAGACAGAGCUUGCAACACAUCUUACUUUAAAAAUCAUAGACACAGCUUAUCAGAUUGAAAAAGAGAUUAAGUCCCCUCUUGCAUCUCGAUCUGUAAACCUGUGCCGAAAAUACAUGCAUUGGUCAAAGCCUCCUCCUGAGUUUUUCAAAAUAAAUACAGACGGAUGGUAUGUACACGGUCAAGCGGCUUGCGGAGGAAUUAUCAGAAAUCACAAUGAAAACUUUGUUAAAGGUUUCAUGUGUAUGCUUGGGUCAAGAAAUGCUCUCUUUGCAGAAUUAAAAGGAAUUCUCAUUGGUCUUCAGAUAAUGAGAGAGAUGCAACUUACAAAUGUCAUUCUUGAAACAGAUUCCAUACAUGUCAUCAAUAGAUCCAGAAUCGUCAUACCUCAAUUUUUCAUCUCCAACCUCUCAGGGUCAAUUAUUCGUAUAAAUCGCAUUCAUCGUGAAGCAAACACUUGUGCCGAUGCUAGAUGUUAUUAG